ACACAAUUUUAGAAUUACUCAUGUUCAAAACCUGCUACAAUGUUAAUAAGUAGAGCAAAAAAGAUUGGUUUAUUCUCUGGUGCCUCAGAUCCGAAAAGUGAUCCCCCGCAUCUGUCUAAAUUUUUUAUUGCCGUCUUCAUUUUAUCUAUUAACAACCAAGUGUCAAUUAAUAGCAGUUUUGUUUCAAGAUUAUUCGGAAGCAGUAAAGCCAUAAUGAAGCCAUUCGCCUAAAGAAAUAAAUACAUCUUGUGAUCGUACCAAGCAGCGCCUUUGGGCAUACAUUACCGCCAAGAACAAUGUUUCACUCUUUAACUAAUAAAAAUCAUCUGAAAGAUAUAAAUUACGUGCUAAUAUGCGAUUUCGCUGGGUUACCUAGGGAAAACCACAACAAAACACGAUUAUUCAGAGCGUCGUAAUGGGGAUGCCUUUUCCCGGUUUCAAAAGCAUAUACGAGACCUUGAGUCGUAAGAAACCCAUCGAAGACUCCACCGAAUCAAAGUUGGCCAAGGUUUUGUCGGCCUUUGAUCUCACAACAUUGGGCAUUGGAUCGACCUUGGGUGUUGGCGUGUACGUGUUGGCCGGUCAAGUCUCCAAGAUUUACGCAGGUCCAGCAGUGAUCUUCAGUUUUCUCAUUGCCGCCAUCGCUUCCAUAUUCGCUGGUCUUUGUUAUGCUGAAUUUGGUGCACGUGUACCAAGGGCUGGAUCGGCUUAUGUUUACAGCUAUGUUACCAUUGGAGAGUUCGUUGCAUUCAUAAUUGGCUGGAAUUUGAUAUUAGAGUAUGCCAUCGGUUCAGCCAGUGUGGUGAAGGGCUUAAGCUCCUAUUUGGAUAACCUGUGCGAUCAUGCCAUGGAAAACUUCUUGGGAACGCAUUUGCCCAUGAAUGUAGAGGGGCUGAAUCAUUAUCCGGACAUCUUUGCAUUUGGCGUCACUAUUAUAUUCGCAUGGGCAAUUGCAAUGGGAGCCAAGGAGUCUACAAGGCUAAACACCGCAUUCACGUUAUUGAAUCUCAGUGUGGUAUUGUUUGUUAUCAUCGCUGGUUUGUUUAAAGUUUCCACCAAAAAUUGGGCCAUACCCAAAGAAGAUGUUCCCGCUGGCUAUGGUGAGGGUGGUUUUGCCCCAUACGGCUUUGCUGGCAUUAUAAGAGGUGCUGCCAUAUGCUUUUACGGCUUCAUUGGUUUCGAUUGCAUUGCCACUGCCGGCGAAGAGGCUAAAAAUCCAAAGAAAUCCAUUCCCUUUGCUGUCAUCACCUCUUUGGCCAUGGUGUUUUUGGCCUAUUUUGGUAUUUCAACCGUUCUGACUAUGAUGCUGCCUUACUAUGAACAAGAUGAAAGUGCGCCUCUGGUGCAUGUCUUUAGCAUUUAUGGCUGGACAGCGGCAAAAUAUGUGGUGUCAAUAGGAGCCAUUUGUGCCAUGUGUACAAGUUUGAUGGGUUCAAUGUUUCCACUACCACGCAUUGUGUAUGCCAUGGCCACAGAUGGUUUGCUAUUCAAAUUUAUGGCUGAAAUCAGUUCCAAGCACAAGACUCCGCUGAACAGCACCCUUCUUACGGGAUUUUUAACCGGCGCCUUUGCUGCCAUUUUCAAUUUGAAACAAUUAAUGAAUAUGAUGUCGAUUGGCACAUUUCUGGCCUAUUCCAUGGUAGCUGCCUGUGUUUUGAUUUUGCGCUAUGAAUGCGACGACAGACGGGACAGUCGUCAUAUGAGCAACGGCCGCGUCUUAACAGAUCAGGGCGAUGCCGAUUGCGGAUUCCUAAAAAUGUUGUUUAAUAGCUCCAAAUCAAUUGUGCCCACCAAGACAACAUCGCGCAUUGUUGCAGUAAUGAUUUCUUUGUAUGUUGGCCAAUGCAUAAUACUGACACAAGUGCUGUUGCCCUUCGAAGAAGAUUACGUCAGCGUUACUGCCGUUGACAUUACCAAACUUGCGUUAAGUCUGGUAUUCCUGAUCGUUACAUUGUUUAUAAUUUCACGCCAACCUGUGUCCUCAUCCACACUGGCCUUUAAGGUCCCCUUUGUACCAUGGCUACCCGGCUUCUCCCUGUUGAUUAACAUCUAUCUCAUGAUCAAAUUGGAUAUUAUGACUUGGGUACGUUUCAGCAUUUGGAUUGUCAUCGGCUUGAUGAUAUUCUUUGGCUACAGUGUGCGCAAUAGCCGCAUGCGUCACAGGGAAUUGAAAUGUCUAGCUGAAUCCGAGUCCAGAGAUAGAAGUGAAGUGGAUUCAGUCUCAUCGUUACACCACGAUGAACGUUUUAGCACACAAGUGCCGUUAAUGGUUAUGCAUACUGCAAGUUAAUCUCUCUAGGGUAUUUGAUAUUGAUAUUUUUAAGGAGCCAAUGUUUAAUAUCUUUGCCACUUAUUUUAUAUCUCACACACAUUCAUCUCAUUAGGCAUUGUGUUUUGUAAUUAAACUGCAACAAUUGCAACGAAUUGAAUAUAUUGUAAAGACAUUUAGUUUUCGAACAUGAAUUUGAAUCGCAAGUGGUCUUGUGAUUUGUACUUAACUGAAUUGAAUAUUUUUUUUUUAUGUUUUGUUGUUUCAAAACAAAAUUGGUUUUUAAUUAUUUGUAUUAUGUUAUUACUAUUAUUACUUUAAAAUA